GGUGCUGGUUUUGUUUGGCUGACGUUUCAAAGCAGUACAACAAAGCAGUACCACGACGGCAGUACCACGACGGCAGUAGCAUCAGCCGUCGAGAGAGAGAGAGAGAUGCCCCAAGGAAACCGUGUGAUUUUGAGUAGUUGGAGCUGAUGUCCCAUGGGAGGGGAGAAGUCAGUAGGAUUGGAGCGUUAUGAGGAAAAGAGGCGCGGCUUAAUCCUCUCCACUCCUAAACGCUCCGCAAACAACAAACAGGAUCAUCAUCAAUUUCACUCCACCACCGCCGAUGCUACACUGCUUCGACCAACGACUUGGUCUGCCCGUGACCAAUGCAACGCCUAGCACCCCAAAUCAAACACUGCUCAAUCUUGAAGCUCGCUCUCUUUAUCCAGUCCACUUAACCACUUGGCUCACCAGUUCACAUCUGGACUCUCAUGGAUUUGGUAGUAGGCAGCCCUGAAAGUAUUUACGCCACAGGAACAACGACACAACCCCACGUGACUUGUGACAGAGUGAGCGGUGGAGAAAGUUGGGAAAAGAAAAGUGAAAAAAAAUUUAAAGUUAUUUCGAACCACCUGCAACGGAAAAGUGUGUGAGUUUUUCUUGUUACCUUUUCCGCCCCAUGAGUGAGGCAUGAGUGAGGAAGCGAUCACCUCUUCUUCCGAUAUGGAAGCUGAAAACUGCGACAAAAUGUCGUCCAAAUCUCCCCUAAACUUUUCCAUUUCGCGACUCCUCAGUGCCGCCGAGAACAAUAAUAAAGUGGCGACGACGACGAAUAACAAGGGCAAACAGACGAUAACCACCUCCAGUAACAACAAUAAUAAUGGAACAGCGAGCAAUCGAAAUCACAAGCAUACCAUUCACUACCGAGCUCAGCAGCAGAGUCCUCCUCCCACCAAUUCUGACAAACAUGUCACCACGCGACACGGCCAAGACUCCCCACAUGCUCGUGGUGGUGGUGGUGGGGAGUCUGACAGUUGUGAUGAGACUGACGACCCCCACCACCAGUCUGACUCUGAAAUAGAGAUGGAUGACCCGGACGACGGGAACAAUAUGGGGACGAAAGGGGGUGACUCACCGCCAACUUCGAACCACUCCCAUUCUAACCGAAGCAGCCCAGAGUCUCAAAGUCAUCACAGUAGUGGCGGAGGAUACCAUCUUGGUGGUCAUCACGCGUCUCAUCUUGCCUCCUCCUCUCCCGGAUCUGCUUAUGGGCCUGGCAGCAUGGAGGGGAUCGGGGGGAUGAAUCCCUUUCCCAUGUUGGGCUACUCGUCCAUCUUCCUCCCAAACUUUCCCUGUCCGAUUACCUCAUCAGCCAACCACAUUAUCCGAGUUCCUGCUCAUCGCCCCAUGUCAAAUUUCCAAUUAUUCGGACAAUCAGGGCUCGGACCGCAUAAUCCGCUCGACAUGAACUCUGCCCCGCUAUUUAGCACGUUCGACCCUAGAAGUUCCCUUCUCUUGAAGGACAGACUAAAUGCCUCACUUGCCUUCACGCGCAGAAUAGGACACCCAUAUCAGAAUCGCACCCCGCCCAAGAGGAAGAAGCCACGUACUUCUUUCACCCGACUGCAAAUUGCCGAGUUGGAGAAGCGGUUUCACAAGCAGAAAUAUUUGGCCUCGGCGGAACGCGCAUCUUUAGCCAAAGCUCUCAAGAUGACGGAUGCUCAAGUCAAGACGUGGUUUCAAAAUCGUCGCACCAAAUGGAGACGACAAACUGCCGAAGAACGGGAAGCCGAACGUCAAGCCGCCUCCCGACUCAUGAUAUCUCUCCAAGCCGAAGCCAUGACGAAGGGGGUGUACUCCUCGGAUGGGCAGCAGAAUGGGGGCCGGACACCGUGGGGGACGCCGACCGGUCCGCCCAUGUCCGUUGCCCAGGCACAUGCCGAAGCACAGUUGUCAUCACCCAACAGAAAUUCUCCGGAAGUCAAGUUCUUACAAAUCACUUGCUGAUAAGUUGUGGGAAGAAAGAGAGAGGAUAAAAUUAACCAGUGUUCGUUUAUUGUGGAUCGCUUAUUUUAGAAUGUAUUAUGAUUACGUAACAGCAACACAUAAUAUAAUAUUUGACAUAGAGAUGCAUUGUUAUUAACUUAUUCGUUUCGCGUACUGAUAAGCAAGAUGAGGGAUCUAAAUAUCUAUUUCUUUUGAUAUGGUAUUUAUUCCGCAAAAAAAUACAAUCGCUCGCAAACUGAGAAAUACAUUUCUCUCUCCUCCUCCCACCCCUGCCCCCACUGGCUACUCGUUGUUUUCGUAAAAUGCGGACCUUUGUUCCUUAAUAAUUUAUAUCGGUGUCGUUAUUACCCAUGCAUCCCAAAUAGCUAGCUUUAACGGCAACCUUCACAAUAGUUUGCUAUCCAUAAAUGCAUUUGUGUUAGUGUCCAAUCAUAAUUUUAUUAAUUAAUUGAUCUCGAAUUUGUAAUAAAGUAAUAAUUCUUAAUUUAAAACGUGCUGUUUAC